UUUACCAUCAAAGAGAAACUUGUCCGCAUCAUCGUAAAAUUUAGGCUCGAUCAUGCACUCAAGGACUUUUCUAUUUAUAUAAGCAUUUCAAUUUCAACAUGAGUGCGUGUAUGAAUUUGAAUGAAAUCGUUUAGCAAAAUGGUCCAAAAAAAACGGGGUAAAAUGCUCAUCUUAAGCAUCCUCCUCACCCUAUUGGCACUGGUGCACCAAUCAGCCAGCAUCAAUUUGACUUACAUUGUAAAAAAAGAAGGUGACACACUUCAGCCCAAUUGCAUAGCUGAAGAGAACGAACGAUAUGCUGCAAUAGGCUGGAUCUACCCCCUUUCAAGAACCAAUCAAGAACCGCGCAUAACGAAUAAAUACGUCCCGACGAUUCAAAACAACUUCAAUUGCAACUUUGCCAAAAACUCCAAGUGUAACAACAUCUGGGCCUUGAAAAACUGGGAAAUUGACACGAACUCGACCAAAACGCUCGAUUUGCUGUUCGAUGCUCGAUGGGACAACUUCCCCACGAUUUUAACCGGAGCUAACAGCAAAGAAUUCGAGGAUAAAAUCGAAAUUCCCACAAUUUUCAAAGCUGGGUUUUCGCUACGAGCGUCCGCGAGUGUCGAGUUAUUAAUUUGCGAUGGUUGGAACCCUUACAACCACCCUUGCUACCACUUAAACAUGAGUCAAAAUGCGAUUUUUCUACGGAAAUAUAUGACUUUGCCGAAGAAUAUUUCAGUGAGCGAUAAAUUGUUAGAUUCGUAUCAGGCGUUUGCAAAGAUUUUAUCCGGUGAUGAGUGGCGUAAUUUCGUGAUAAGUCUGGACGAUAAAGGUGUUUUCAGCUUAACUGAUGUCAGUGUUAACAGAACUGUUAUCCAAUACGAAGAUAAGGAAGCGCUAAAACCGCUCUAUUUGCUCGUGCGAAGUGCUCAAGUUGCACUGUGGAAAAUACACCAAAACCAGUUUUUUUACACCAAAACAGUACAAACGUCACGUUUUGGGCCUUUGUUGCACCUCCCUUCGAAAUUUCUCUGUGUGAGUUUGUACGUCUCGACUUGUCCCACCUGUUCUAUGACUUUCUUUAUCAUAAAAGACGGGCAAAAGAAAAUUUUAAAGGACGUGCAGCCCACUCAAGAUUUUCAGUGGCGGCUCGUGAAAAUCAAAGACGAUAAUGUUGAAAGCGACAAGCUUAAUAUUUUUGUGGAGACAAAAUCGGCAAACAAUGAUGGUUUUUGGGCGGUCGAUGAUGUGAGAGUGUGUCACGAGAACGAGGUGAAAGUCACGUUUUUGAAACUGGAAAAUGGGCUGAAAGAGGACCAAGCUGAUGAAAUUUCGUGUCAAGUGGUUGAGCACCCGAAAUGGAGGCCCAAGAAGUUGGUUUAUUCCGAAAUCAAAGAUUUUCCAACAGUAGAUAAUUCAUCAAAUUCAUCAUCGAUUUACUUAAACUGGACUCAGGAAGACCCCAACAACCAAAUAAACUAUUUCAUCACAUACGAGGCCAACGAUUUGUGCCCUCCUGAGAAUCCUAACUUAGAAAGAGUAAAAUCGAACGGUUUUCUAAUGACAAAACAUAAUGAAAUAACAAUAAACGACCUCAUUCCCUACACCAGAUACAACAUCACGUUCUCGAGCAUGCUUCACGAGAAGGAGAAACGAAUUUUUGUGACAACUCUAGAAUCAGCCCAAUUAUCACUCGAAGAAAUUCCUUCAAAACUACAAAUCGAAGUGCACGACACCCAAGCGUACGCAUCUUGGGACAAAAUCGCCUGUAAAUCAAUUUACGGCCCGGUUUUAUAUGCACUUAAUUUAACGAAUGUUAAGACAAACAUUACCAAAGAAUUGGGAGUGCAAACUGAAGAUACGGUCGAGAUCAACGAUUUGCAACCUUUUACCACGUACAUGCUUGAAAUUACAACAGCACGUAACUUUGAAAACAUACAAAAUAACAAAAACACGCUCAAAAUCGAGAACAAGUUUACGACACAGCCAGGGAAGGCACCACCUGUUGAAAAUUUGGAAAUUUACUCGAUUGGUAAAAAUACAGUCGCGCUUCGUUACGACUUGCCCAGGAAUUCGCGAGGGGUUCCAGUGUACGGGCAAGUGACUCGUUGCAAUGCUCUUACGUUCAAAAAAUGCAAAACUUCGAAUUUUCCCAUAACGCCGUGUAAAUUAUGGCCGAGGAAAUACUGUGUCGAGAUGAACAAUUUGAUUCCGUAUCAAAACUACACGUUUAAAGUCAGUAUCAGGAACGAAAGGACGCAGUUUUAUGGUGAUGAUGUGUUGGUUGAGGCGUUUUUGGUGGAACAAGUUCCGGGGUCGCCGUCCAAUAUAACUUAUAAAAUCGUUGACUGUAAGGAAAGUUUGGACUAUUGUCAUUUGAACGUGAGCUGGAUGCACCCCUACAACCAAAAUGGUUCAAUCGAAUCGUUUCAUAUUGUCCUGAAUGGUACGGAUAAUGAUACAGCGAACAGUAUUCAAGAAGUUUUGAAAAUAUUCAACUCGUCCUACUACUUGCCACGAUAUGAAUACCAGAUCAAGUACAUACCCUAUAGCACUCACUACGAACUAUUCGUCCAAUCAGCAAACUCAAAAUACAAGAGCCCUUUUGCCCACGUCCACGUCAAAACGGACGAUUUGGGCGAACACAUUGACCAAAACCUUAUCUUACUCAAAUCCGAGCCCACUUCAGUAACGUUCACUUUACCCACCCUUGACCACCGUUUGAAAUCCUACAGUCUUGUCGUAAUUGUCCAAGACUUCAACCAAAACAUCACAAUUCCGACAAAAAUAACGAAAAACAGCAAAAUCAGCGACCACUUGUGCCACGACUUUGGCGACACUUGGAUUCUACAAAAACUGGAAGUAGCCACACAUAAUCAGGCCAAAAAUUUGGAAAUUGGGACUGAUAAGCCUUUAAAACCCAACACUCAAUACUGCUUCACUUUCAUCGUCACCAACAAAUACAGAAAUAGCGAACACGAUGUGGUUUAUUACAAGAAGUUGACGACGCCACAAAGCGAAAUUUCGGAAAGUGGUUCCAACGGCCUCUACGCUCUAUUUUUGCUACUUUUGCUAAUACCGAUCGGGUUUUUCGCCUAUAGGUAUUUCAAAAAGAGAACACCCAGAAGGAAGCGUCAACAGGAGAACAAUAAGGAAAACGUUUACGAAUCCUUGCCGUUUGAAGAAACCGAAGAAAACUGCGUCAAUAACGACACUUACGACCACUUGUUACAUAAAUAGUUUUUAACGUAGUUGUACUUAAAUGUGUUCUGUGAUAACAAACGUCUCGUGUAUAUUUUUACUAACAAAAGUGUAAUUUUAAUGUGCCAUACUAAGUGUUCAAGUGCCCACAAACCAAUUUUGUAAUACUUAAUAAACCAUAAUAUCCGA